AUGCGGGUCAUCGCGUCAAGCGAUGGCAUCAGUUCGCCGAUUAAGUCAAGUAACUGGGAUGCGGUGAUGUGGGUUUUGCUGCAGUCGUUGAUGUGGUGGACGGUUCGAGCCGAAGAUUUAACAUUCGUGCCGCUAAACAAGGAGUUUCUAGAUCGAUUACGUAACGAAACCUACUACAACCGUUACGCCACCCCCACGCAAUAUGAUGGAAUUCCAACAAAUGUUUCGCUAUCGAUGUUCAUCGAAGGGAUGUCCUCAUUCAGUGCACAAACCAUGGACUACCAUUUAGACAUGUAUUUUCAACAGGAAUGGUAUGACCACCGAUUGCAGCACAACAACACCGCUCCAAUUUUGGUGAAAGAUAAAAGGGUGUUUCGAGAGAUGUGGCAUCCAGACGUCUACUUCGCAAACGCAAAAUCAGCAUCAUUCCAGGAAGUCACCGAUGACAACUUUCUCAUAUGGGUCUACCCAGAUGGACGGGUUUGGUAUGAUACCAGAAUUUCAGUUGUUGUUUCUUGUAACAUGGAUUUGUGGAAAUAUCCCCUUGAUUCGCAGGAAUGUCCUCUUCGUGUGUUAUCUUAUGCGUACCCAGAAUCUGUUUUGCGCUUAGUCUGGUCAGCAAAAGAAGACGUUCUGCCCGUCGAUCGGAAUCCAGAAAUUACUAUGCCUGAUAUGCAGCUCAAAGAUAUUCGAACUGGUUACUGUAACGGGACAUAUGCAACCGGUGUAUGGAGUUGCAUGACAGCGGUUUUCUAUGUGGAACGUGAAAUGAUGCACCAUGUAAUGCAAACGUAUCUGCCUACCGCACUAAUCGUUGUCAUCUCAUGGUUCAACUUCUGGCUCGAUGUCGACUCAGCGCCAGCUCGUGUGUCGUUAAGUAUAACAACGUUGCUGACAAUUUCCACUCAGGCAAAUGCUGUAAAACUCGCAUUACCAGAAGUCUCCUAUAUGAAAGCAAUCGACGUGUGGAUGGGAUCUUGCAUGGCAUUCGUGUUCGGAGUAAUGAUUGAGUUCACGAUAUGUCAUUUUGCGAAGAAUCAAGAACUAAUCCGAUGUGAUCCGCAACCUUCCUUAAUUGUUGACACAGCCUUGUCGACUCUAUUUGGAGCUGCUAGGGACAUCGAAGAUCUUAAUGAUGAAGAUCUCGGGAUCACGAGUCGAGAGAACCACAUCGCGUUGAAUAUGUUAAGUCCUGAACGAGCUGAGCCGCGUCUCCGGACCUUAUCAGCAGAUGUCAACACUAAUGGAGCCAGGUACUUCGUUGGAGCUGAACGAUUGAGAAGAAAACGAUCAAAAACAUCAUUGUCACGCCUUCGCCAUCAUACGGUUGAGGUAUCACGGAGGGCAUUGCACUGGACACGAACGUUACGAAAUUUGCGUGGACGACGCGUUGCACAACGAAUCGACGAGCGGUGCCGUACAGCGUUUCCCGUUGCGUUUCUACUUUUCAAUAUGGCCUAUUGGAGCUUCUACCUGGUGUUAAAUUAA